AGGGUGGCCUAAAUGUUCGUACUUUUAGCAAGUAAGUGGGGGAAAGGACAGUCUAACUAACCAUCCUGAAUACAUUGACUGUAGCUGGAGAGUGCAGUGAACUGAAAGUUCACAAAAACAAGAGAAGUUUGGUGUAUGUCCUUCCUGCAAUCCCAAUGGCUGGAGUAUUUACAGCACUAGUUACUUUCGUCAUUUGCGUUUGUGCCGGCUACUGCAUUGUCCGGAAAAGGACAAACGUCAGAAUCAAGGGAGGAAAUGAGCUACGUGAUCCUCUUGUCUCCAGUAAUAGUGACAGACAUGCGUAAAGACUUUGAUGGUUUACUGCCUUUUGCUCAGCAUGCCUGUAAAUCCCUUCCCCUCCCCUCAUGAUGUAAAAUUAUGUUAUCCUCCACAUGAGCGCGUAACUAACCGCGCUUAGCUACACGCAUGCGCUGCAAGCACGGAGGAGAGUUUGCAUUUCCGGUGGUGUUUACCGUUGCUAAAUAAGGUUUCAGAUUGUGUGCUGGCGUAAGUAGCUACACAGUUAGACCCAGCGCAGCAGUUAGGUGUACGCGCCGCAAGAGAUGCAGAGUUGCAGUAAAUAUCAUAUUAUCAGCUACUUUGUAGAUGCCUGUCUGAUUACCGGUAUCUUCGCGAGCGGGAUCUACCUCGCCCGCAACACCUACGCGGACGAGCCCGCGGCGACUGACGACGGGGAGGUUAUUUUCACGGGCGCUCCGCCGCUGACACCGACGCCGACCAAUCGCGACUGUCCAAUGACGAACCUGAAGACAGUUGAAGUGGUUGUGGACCUGUCAUUCUCGAGGGACGGGUAUCCGGUGCCGAUAAACCCGUCAGACGCGGAAGAUAUCGGCGACGGACUUUUAGAUUUGUUUGUGCAGGUCUGUAUUAUAGCUAGCUUUAUUAUAGCUGCCCAUGUUUUCUUUAUCAUCAACAGAGAUGUUACUGCAAUAGCUCUAAUGAGUGUUUCCAUUGGACUUUAGUCAUCAGCGAAAUCAACUUUUCCAAAAGUGAUACUGCUUACUGCCCUGACGCCGUACCAGUAUGUUUACAAAGUCCCCGACCGCUGCCAACGGGCCGUGUGAACACUACAAUUGCCAAGGUCUUCCCCGUUUCCAAAUCACCUCUGAAGCCACCGUGUUGCUUACAUUGUACAGUGGAGAGCAUACUAAUGGAAGCAGCGGAAAAAUAUCAUCAGAUGCCGCCAUAUAUCGUGGUGCUUCUUGGUGAUAUCAGUGAAAGGAGUUGAAAAAGACAAUGUCCAUGGUUCUAUUAUUACACCGCGCGUGCGCGUGGAUAAAUUUAUAAGCGCUCACACGCGUGUAAUUGGUUUGCUUGGGGAUGGAAGGAAGCCGAAUGGGAGACGAAUUUGCAAGGCAGUGGCUGUUUGAAGUCGGCCAGAACCUCAGUCCCAAGGGUUUCCAGUUGCUGAAGGUCCUUUACCUCAACACUCUGCCGUUUCGCACGCUCUCCGACCACGUAAACCAGCCGCACGAGCUACACAGCGCGCUGAGCGGCAACUGGAGCGUAGCCGAACAACGCGAGGACGACGAACGCGUGGUGGAGACGGAGCGCAUGUCUCCUCGCGACUCCCUGGCACUUCUCGUGCAUCGCCUCCGCGUACUGGUGCCGUCUCCGUCAGCCGAAUUGCGCAGUCGUAAGGGCCUCGGAGCGCAGGAGUGCCUCGAGCGCUUACCAGCGGCCUCCGCUCCAUCUUCCUUCCUCACCGUUGAAAUUUCACAAGAGUCUAAGAUGCUAGAAUGCCUGGUGAAGACCUACGUCAACUUGACCCCGCGACAGCGUGUUUCAUUCACGAGACACCUCGGUCAGGAAAUGGGGACACAUGCCGAUAAUCUUACAACUUACCAGCUCUUAGGAUGUUUCUUCACUACCUACAAAACCAGGAUAAAAGAAGGGGUAGCUGUGUUCGCAAAAGCCCUCCGACACGUAAAGUCACCGUCAGCCUGUGUUCAACUCGAAGAAAAUCUUUCGUCUUGUGAUAUACCCCAUGAACCAAUUCAGAUACCAGAUGUGUAUGAACCAGAUGAGGAGGUGGAACAUGAAGUUACCCCUCUUCUCAAAAAGCAACAAAAGAGACAAGAGAGGAAGGCCAGGCAAGUAAUUUUGAGGGCACUCAAAAUUUUAUGCUGUCACUGUAUCCCAAUUAUUUUGGGUAUAUUACUGCUUUCAAUUGGAAUGGCCAUCUUCUCCACUUACCUAUCUCCCGCCGAAGAGACAAAGACAGUAGAAACUUCGAACAGCUACCAGUGGCGUUGUCCUGCAACUGGAACUAGCCCCUUUCCAGCAGCGCCAAUUCGUUUGUGGAAAUUCAACACAUUUUGGUACAAUUCAGUGAGUGCAAAACAAGAAACUGACAACAACUAUUACCGGCCACUCACUGCCUAUAUAUACCUGAUUCCAGACGAUAAACUUCGUGUGUAUAGACGAAAUUACACGUGUUGGUGUGACGCAAUCCCUAAUUGCAGCAGUGUGUUUAUUUUUCCAAGGCGUGUAUUUACUGACAGGGUCGAGUAUCGAGUUUUCACUAGUCAUUAACUCUACAAGUGCUACUGAAAAUGGCCACUUUAAUAUCACAAUAUGUGAUGAUGAAAUAAGUUUUUCUAAUCAGCCGCCUAGCUGCUCGGUAGAUUUCUCUCUAACAAUAGGACCAAGUGAAACCGACGUGCGAAUGAACGAGACAUUUGUUGCUCCUAAGGACAGCUACUAUUACAUCACGACAGCCACUUCGGUUAAUGCCAUCAUAUCCUCGUAUCAAGUCAGAAUGGAGAUCUUGUUUCUGAAUUCGAGUGACUGGAACGGUCUAACAGAGGCUACCGAAUUUCAUAGCUACGAUGCAGCUGGGAUCUCACACUCAAUUUACUAUAGAAACGGACUUUCCAGCAUGUUUGCAGCAGGAAGCUACACGGUUGUAGCAAAAUUCGAUACGAAAUACAACCAACCAUAUAUGGGUCAAAUGAAGGUCACCAAGUACCAUAGAAACUUGGUUUAUGUUGUCCCGGCAAUAGCCGCAGCGUCGUUUAUGCUCCUGGGGGUGAUUUUUGUGGCUUGUAUCUGCGUAUGCUACUGCAUUGUGAAGAGAAUCAUUCGUCGUAGGCGGAAAGGAAGGGAACUUAGCAUCCCAAUAAAUUACUGAGAUUCCCCCCCUGUACAUUUGGUGAGAUGUGUUUUAAUAUUAUAUUAUCACUGUGAAAUGGAACCUACGUAAUCAUUACAUAACGUGUGGUAAUUUUGAGACGUAUUUUCACUUUCAGUUGGUUAUGUAAUGAGAUGCUAUCCAAUAAUAAUCUGUACAGGAGCACAUAACUCAUACACGCAUGCGCCCAAACACACAUGCACCGAGACACAACGGAAAUGGAAAGGUCAGAGGUCACGGCUUCUGGAGUUUCGUUUUUAACUUUCGUUAUCAUAGUUGCUCGUCCAGCCUCUGUUUCUUAGUAACCGGUGGUGUUUCGUGCGUGGUUUCACUACUGUCGUCGUCGAGACCUGGUUGACCUUCGCUGACGAUGUCGUUAGUGG